GUACAAGGCACAAGGUCCUUGUUCGCAGCUCAGGCAACACAACACCCUCAGCCGCUUGGCAGUCGGUGUCGGACUUGGUUGGUUCUAUGGCCUCUCAGCUAGACCCGACCACUGCAGCUUGAUCCCGCACCACUGGCGCACGCGAAGUUUCUUCCUCCUUGUGCAUCGACACCUGCAUCGUCGUGCAUCGUGAGCUUGUUCUCCCUGCAGCAGUGGUGUCUUGUUGUUUGUCUCGGCCCUUGACUUGGAUACAUACAUCCUACAUUUAUAUACACUCGUUGGAAGACAGACACAGACGCAUACACGCGCACAAAGUGCAGGCUUUUCCUCCUUCUUGGAGCCAGUAACAGCAGAAGCAGCUCCUCCUUCCCUCGUAUCCAUCUCUUUUACUUCAAACCCCCUCCCUCCCUGCCUUGGGCACGGCUGUCUUCCGUACGCUUUUCUCAAGAAAGCUUAAUCUUGCCUUCCCGCAUAUCCUUUUCAUAUUCUUCAUGCCGAUUUGCUGUUUGCAGAGGAAACUGCCUCCAUGCCCCUGUCGUUGUCCUCGUCGCAGACAUUAGACGGCGUCGUCGCUCGCAACCAUGGCUCCUUGGUCGCAGCGUCAAGCUCCACCUCUUCGCCCUCUCACUCUCCGUCAAACUUCCGCCGACUUGGUUUCCCGAGUACACAACCCCUCGCUCACUGCGCCACCUGGUCAACUGGGACGACUACCUGACUAUGCAGUUUUGGAUAGCCCGCACCUCCACGACGACUCGAGCUCCUCCGAAUCCGAUUUCCACCCAAGACGUCCGCGCCGACCCACCCACUCCCGCUCCAUGAGCCACCCGUUUCCCUCCCUGUUCUCGAGCAAGAAGAAACGACCCGACGCCGCCCAUGACACCGACUCCGACGACGAUGCGCCCGUCAUGUCGAAGCCGCUAGGAGACAGCAACACACACAAGAGGGGCGGUACCAGUGGUGGCAGCAGGGACUUCGCCACAGGCAACUGCAUGACAUGCGGGUCCCUUGUGCGCUGGCCGCGGGAGCUGAAGGUCUUCAAAUGCACUGUCUGUGUGACCAUCAACGAUAUCCAUCCGGACCAACAAACGGCCAGAACAAACACGGGCCCAAAGUGGCUUCAACGUCCGUCCCAGGAUUCGACGUCACCUCAGAAACAGUCAACGCGCCCAGCCGAACGAUACGAAGCCAGACCCAUCUCGCUUGAGCAGACUAAAAGGCUGAUUCGACAAUGCAUCCACGCACAUCUGGCGAGGGCGAUUAGGAGGACUUCAAGCUUCGAGGACGAGAGGCGCGAGAAUAUCGAGACGCGUGCGUCUUCAAACCCGUUGAGCGAACAGGGUGGCCGACCGCUCACCUCAAGGACUACCGGAGUCUCGCAACACAGGCGGGAGAAAAGUCAAGGCAGUGGACCGGCUUACGUCUUUCCCGAGCAGCCGAUUCUUCGUUCUAAUCCGCCUCGUGCGCCACCAACAGCAAGAUCCUUCUCAUCUUCGUACCCCGAAAGGCCCUCCAUGCGCCAGCUCACGGCAGGUGGCAAUGGGCCUCGGCAGACAGACCCCGGCUGCUGGAAUGCCGACGACCCCAAGAGGAUAUUCAGGCCGCUGGAAGACUACAUCACGACCUGCUUCAGCUCAUUUCAUUGCGUAAACUCGUCCUUCCUAUCUCGACGACCCGCCGUGGCUGUGCGCUCUGGAAGUGAAUCCGCUCCCCGGCGACCCGCCGCUCCUCGACCGGAACCAAAGUAUGCAGGACAACACACCGAAUCCCCCAUCUGUGAUCUUGACCCAAAGCUUCUGUUGCUGGGUGAUUUCGCUGAGAACGGCACGUGGUGGACUGGGAGUCAGGGGCAGAACGGAUCACGCCACAAGCGGUCGGCCUCACACAGGAUCGAGGAGGCGCCUUCGUUCAUCACGCCGCGGUCGCCGCAAAUGGAAUGGAACGACGUUGCGGAAUGGUACAGGUCCGUCAUCAACGCGGCAGAGUCCUGGAUGUCUAUCUAUGACGAGAUGACUCAGGAAUCAGUGGCCGACCCCCUGUCUGCCACUGAACUUCGAGCCCUGGAAUCCCAGCUGCUGUUCGGCCAGGACCACACCCAUAGGGCAUUGCUUAAGGCUACCGAGACCUUGCUCAAGCGGCCUGGUCGCCCUAUGACUGAACCGGAAGACCUGAGGUACCUUCUCAUCAUUCUGGAAAACCCAUUGCUCCACGGCGAGCCCAAUGCUUUCCAGGGAAGGCGAUGUGACCAAAGACGCCCGUCGCUGAAACGCGAUGAGGCUUUGAGAGAGGACAGAUCGACUCUGAAAACUGGUCCAGUAUCUGGACAGCACUCUGUCAUCAUCAAGCGAAUCCUAGGUCUGAUCUCCAACUCAUCUAGUUCGUGCCAGAACUAUUUGACCACAUGGUUCGCUCGAUACUCGGAAUCUAGGUUCAUAAGGAUUAAGGAUCUGGCCGCAGGGUUCUUAACUUACAGGCUCAUCCGUCAAAACGAGAAGAAACACGAGGUCAAGGUGGACAUCACAGCUGGGCUGAUUCCUAACAUGAGCGCCGGGCACUCUGCGGCUUCGCUGCAUGCUGCGCUAGGGACGCAGCGUAGCUCGUCGAGGAAGCAGAGGGAGCAACCAAAAAAGAUGGUGUACAAUGAGGACUGGCAGAUUCGGGCGGCCGCGCGAGUCCUAUCUCUAGUGUUUGCGGCAAACAACAUGACUCACAUUCGACGCCCAGAUCAUACGUUGAGGAACAUGAGCAGCAGCACCCACAGAGGCGGCAUCCAGGCGCAUGGUCAAAUCAUUCCGACGAGCGAUUUUUACAACACCAUGAUCGACUACACCGAUCUCGUGGCCGAAUUUGAAGCCUGGGAGUCGAAACGGGGAAAGUUUUCAUUCUGCCAGUAUCCGUUUCUGCUGAGCAUGUGGGCCAAGUCCCAGAUCUUGGAGCAUGACGCUCGUAGGCAACAGAUGACCAAAGCACGGGACGCCUUCUUUGAUAGCAUCAUGACGCGAAGGAAUGUUACGCAAUUCUUGGUGCUCGAUGUUCGACGAGAGUGUCUGGUUGAUGACAGCCUGAAGGCCGUCAGCGAGGUUAUUGGGAGCGGGAGCGAGGACAUCAAAAAGGGUCUGCGCAUCGUUUUCAAGGGCGAGGAGGGCCUUGACGCAGGAGGUCUCAAGAAAGAAUGGUUUCUUCUCCUUGUCCGUGAGGUGUUCAACCCGGAGCAUGGUAUGUUUAUCUACGAUGAAGACUCCCAGUUCUGCUACUUCAACCCAAACUCCUUUGAAACGUCCGACCAGUACUUCCUUGUCGGCGUUGUACUUGGCUUGGCCAUUUACAAUUCUACCAUCUUGGAUGUGGCGCUGCCGCCCUUUGCUUUCCGGAAGCUUCUUGCAUCGGCCCCUAGCGCGUCGGCCGGGUCGUCUGCGCACCCUCGCCCAACCAUGAACUACACCCUGGAGGACCUCGCAGAAUACCGUCCGCGCCUGGCUGCCGGUCUUAGGCAGCUCCUGGAGUACGACGGCGACGUUGAGGAGACCUUCCAGCUCGACUUUGUUGUUGAUGUCGAGAAGUACGGGGUUGUAAUGCAAGUCCCGCUCUGCCCGGGAGGGGAGGCGAAACCAGUCACCAACGCAAACAGAGGAGAGUACGUCAGCCUGUACGUCAGAUAUCUUCUUGAGACGGCGGUCACGCGGCAAUUUGAGCCUUUCAAACGUGGCUUCUACACGGUGUGUGGCGGCAACGCUCUGUCGUUGUUCCGCCCCGAAGAGAUCGAGUUGCUCGUCCGAGGCUCCGAUACGGCACUUGACGUGGAUGCCCUCAGGGGGGUGGCCGAAUACGAUAACUGGGGGACGAGAAACCCCGAUGGCGUAGAACCGGUCGUUGGAUGGUUCUGGGAUACCUUCAAGGAGGCCUCGGCAGAUGACCAGCGAAAGCUCCUCUCCUUCAUCACCGGCACUGACAGAGUGCCGGCUAUGGGCGCUGCCCUCCUCUCCAUCAAGAUCACAUGCUUGGGUGAGGAUGAGAACAGAUACCCUAUUGCUCGAACCUGCUUCAAUAUGCUGGCAUUGCGGCGUUACGAGUCGAGGGAAAGACUGGAACAUAUGUUGUGGACCGCCGUAUACGAAAGCGAAGGCUUUGGGUUGAAGUAAGAGUAUCAUGUGCCAAUGAAUUACAGGAAGCAUCAGUAUUGGAGUUACAAAGAGACAAUGGCCCCGCCGGCCUACCUAGGAGUAUUAACAUGCGUAUAUGGUGGCCUCAGAACGUCGGGUUUUCUUGGGUGAGCAAUGGUUUAUUUUCUGGAUGUACAUGGGUGUCGAGUCCGUGGUUACUUUAUAAUGAACAAAACUUCGUUUGUCGCUAUGAGUCUUCUUUAGAAACCGGCUUCCGUGCUGGCACAGAGUCACAGCUGCGCUUCUA